AGGUCAAUCUGGCAGCGCUCAGUGGAAGUUACGCCUAGAACCCUGAGCCCAGAGCGGCUUUUAAAUUAUGAAAUAACCCUUUAUCUUCUAGCCAAUCAGAAGCGCUCCUCUUCGCUGCCAACCAAUCAGAGAGCAGCGUGAGCUCACGAAUCGAGUCAGCGGCGGUUCACCUGCUCAGUUUGUGAGAACGGGACGGGAGAAGCGGGAGGAGUGUCCCUCACCUGUUCCCCCGCUAGUUUUUAUCUCCGUGAAGCAGAAACUUUAACGGAUGGGAGGCCACAGCGGACCGCCUGCCUCGAGCCACAGCGGAGGGUGACGUGCCUAACUUGUUACCAACUGCUCCGCCGGUACCGUCAUGGCUCGGACCGGCUCCGGGACCCUGCUCAACCGCCGGAACGUCAAGCUGGACUCCUUCCUGAAGCGGAACACGGAGCGGGCGGUGUACGAGCGGAUCCGAACCUACGAGCCGUGCGUGGUGAUGUCGGAGACCGUCAACAAAGUGUACAUGCACGUGGUGCUGAGCGACGAGCGCGUGUACCUCACCGAGUACCCGCCACGCACGCUCACCACGGCCGUUAGCUUCAGGCGCGUGCGAGACAUCGAGCUGGUGAACGACCUCCCGGAGUUCCUCAGUGGAAAGGACAGGGAACGCUGCCAGCACAUACGAAUCACCUACGUCACCGACAAGCCUGCUGCGAAGGGACGUGAUUGGCUGAGAAGAGACAAGAGACUUCCUCCAGCAGCCCCACCCUCUCGUAGAAACAGCCAAUACCCAUCAAUAACACACACCUUAGAAGGAUAUCCUGCAGAGAGGGACAGUGAAUGGAUGAAAGAGGAGGUCCACAUGAUAAAGUCCACCCGCUCUGCCUCCUGUCCAAACCCUGAGACUCUGGGCCUCCUGAAGGUCCCUCACCCUCCCACCCAGCCCCCCUCCACAGCACCCUCUCUCUACUCCCCCACCAGCUCCCCCAUCUCAUCUCCGUCACCCACAGAACAAAGCCUGAAGACCCUUGAGAGUGGACAGGUGCCGAGGAGGAUCCGUUCUGUUCUGUCUCGUCUGUGGCGAAGAGACUGUGAGAACAGCGGCGAGGAGAGAGAGGCCGAGCUGCAUCUUUACGCCGUAUCACAGACAUCCAGACUGUACCUGUAUCUGCAGAGCUCAUGGAACAGUUUCAUUAUUAGGUCCACACUGUUGUUAGACCCGCUCUACAGAAGAAAGUGCAUCACUUCAUCUGGCUCUUCACCUGGAAAGCGAGGUCCCUCCGUCAGCUGGGAGCGGACGACUCACCUGUUCGGUCAGCUGAGCUCCGAGCUGAUGCAGGAUGGGAUCACUGUGGAGAGUUUGUACCUGCUGCUGCAGGAGCUGAAAACUGCUGCUCACCGCGACGUCACACUGCGCCAACUCUUCUGGAGGUCCAGUGAGGUUUGUGUUUUCCUGGUUCAGACUCUGGAGGAGUCUCUUCACGGCUGUCAGAGCCUCAGUGGAGUCAGCACAGCAGAUCAGCUACUACUCAGGACUCUGAUCGUCCAGACGCUCGCCAUCAUGUUCAGAGAGACAGAGGUCGACGCAGCCAGAUUCAACCUGCUCUCUGCUAAAAAAUGUGCCCUGGCCUCCAGAAUGCUGCUUGCCUUAAUUUGUGAUCCACGUCCACAAACGCAGACCCGAGGAUCUCAGGCUGACUCUGAGAUUCAGGCCUUACUGUCCGAGUAUCUGGAUGCUGCCUGCUCUCUGCUCUUUGAGCUGCUGCUUUUAGGACACGAGACCAGCAGGUGUUUCUCUCCUGACAACCUGCUGUCUGUCGGCUGGAUCCUCCGAGUCCUGCAGCCUCAUCCUCACCUGCUGCCCUUCAUCACUUACCAGGCUCAGCAGGUGGUGCUGGCUCUGUCAGACCUGCAGGACUCGGUUCUGAGUCCCGUCCAGUGCGUUCUGUUGUUCCAGCGCUGUCGCCUCCUGCUGGCCUGCCUGCAGUACAACAGCUGGCUGGCUCAGCACCUCCGCUCACACCUCGGGGAGGAGUUCAGGUACGUCGUGAAGCCGUCGUGUGCUGAGGAGAAGCUGCCGCCUCACUACCCGAUCAGCUCACCGACUCUGCGGCUGGUCGAGCAUAUUCUGACUCUAAUACUUCACAGAUGAGCACACACACACUUUACACUGUAAGUUGUAUAUUUUUUUACCCACACUCAAACAAUAGGGACUCGGAAAGUGUGUGCCUUUACUGAAGUCUGAGGGAU